UUGGUUUAUUUUACUUUUCCCAUGUCAAAUUGUUUCACAUAUUCCCCAUUCCAAUUACCUAAUUUAGAAGUAAUCCCAAGAAACAAAUGGUUUUGUACCUUUCUACAUGCACAGAAUAACAUGAUGAUCUGUGCCUUUUUUAUUUCUUAAUACAGAGGCACCUCUUCCAUGCUCAAUCACACAUUGCCAGAACAUACAAACCCAAUUAUAAAAUAUGGCUUAAUAUAUAAACUUAAUUUGACUUUCCUUCUAUUUUUAUAGCCUCUUGAAUGUUUAAAUUUUUACUAAUACACACACACAUGCAAAACUUCAUGCUAUGUUUCUGUUACCUUCCCUUGAAUAGUAGUCAUCAUAAUUAUGUCAUAUUCUCUAUAUAUAACAUCUAGUUUGCACCAGAUGAAGUAACAGAAUAUCAAAAGGUCUCUUCUGUAGCUGUACUGAAAUCUCAGAAGAGAAAAAUGUAGGGAGAGGAAGAAAGAGAUUAGGAUGAUAGAAAGAGGUGGGGGAUAGGAUUCUCUUUCUGAAGAUUUAUUAGCAUAACUUGACAUGUAGUUGAGAAACAUGUGGAUCAAUACAACUCCAGUUCUCCUGUUAGGCCUCUGUGUCCACCAUGUCUCUAUUUGCAUAUUGCUUUUUCCUUAACUGACACUGUCAGGAAGCAACCUUGGCGUUUGCCCAAGCUCUCCAAAGCCCACUCACUCACUCACACUCACUCACACACACACAUCAUCGCCUCUCCCCUUACCAGAUAUAAAGUCUCUUUAUGGUACAUAUCUCUUUAUUCUCCCCCUCCUUCUCCCCUUUAAAUGGCAAGCAGAUUAUUAGUAUUAGAAUUAGCACUAAUAUUAGUAUUAUGUUUAAACCUCUAACUAGGCAUUGCCCUAUUGAGGUUUGAUGUAAGCCAUUCUUUCUGUUUUCCCCUCCUUGGUACCCUGUCUGUGGGUUGGUCUGUCUAUCUUUCUCUCGAGCUCUCUCUCUCCUCUCUUGCCUUCUGCUGUAAAGCCAGAGGCCAUUGUUAACCGUGAACAGGGCGUACGGAGAGUAUAGGGCAGUCAGAAUCCUCAACAUCUUCGGAAGGCUGUCGAGAAUCUUGUGAUUUCUCCCUCUUCUCACUUUCCCCCUCCUCCCCAAACGGGGGAGAGAGGGGGGGAGAGAGGGGGGAGAGAGAGGGAGAGAGAGAGAGAGAGAGAGAGAACCGAGCAUCCCUCACCAGAGCUUCUAUAGAGAGAUUCCCCCCUCCCUUUGGCGUUAUGACCGGAUUUCUCUCUCUAGAUAUUCCUUGAACAUUUUUUUUAACCAAGAGGAAUGGGGGGAGCUCUCCUCGCUUAUUGAUUGCGUUGCUUGCUGGCUGCGAAAAUAUAUUAUGUCUGUUUGGUGUGCUGCUCUCGUCAGAGGCUAAGGUCAUCUUCCAAAAGACACCGGGGGAAGGGAAGGCCCCUUGUCACGUGACCUGGGGGGUGCCAAUGUUCUUCCAUGAGAGGGCCAACAGGAGCCUGGUAACAGCGAGCGAGCGCCUCGGGGAACCCCAGCCAUGCAGAAGACCAGCUACUACGAUACCUCCCCGCUCUUUGGGGCUUAUUCCUAUCCCGGGGCCAACGGCUUUGGUUACGAGGGCCCUUCUCCGCAGCCUUUCCAGCCCGCGGCUCAUGUGGAGAGCGAUUACCAGCGGCCCGCCUGCACCCUCCAGUCUCUGGGCAACGCGGCCCCGCUGGCCAAGGCGAAGGACCUGAACGGGAGCUGCCUGCGCCCCAGCUUGCCUCAGGAGCAUCACCCGCCCCCGCCCGUCUCACCACCCACCAACCCCAUCACCGCCACCAGCGGGAGCGGCAGCACCACAUCCAACAGCACCGGCGGCAGCAAUAACCAUAGCCAAUCGGGGGCGGUCAAAAGUGUCCCAAGCAAAUCCAGCCUGACCUCUAGUAACGCCGCCCUCACCAAGCAGAUUUUCCCCUGGAUGAAAGAGUCGAGGCAAAACGCCAAGCAGAAAAACAGCUCCCCCUGCGCAGAAAGCUGCAGCGGUGAGAAAAGCCCUCCAGGCUCCUCAGCUUCCAAGAGGGCCCGCACAGCUUACACCAGUGCCCAGCUGGUCGAGUUGGAGAAGGAAUUCCAUUUCAACCGCUACCUUUGCAGACCCCGACGAGUGGAGAUGGCUAACCUGUUAAACCUCAGUGAGCGGCAGAUCAAGAUCUGGUUCCAGAAUCGGAGGAUGAAAUACAAAAAGGAUCAAAAGUCAAAAGGCCUUGGGUCAUCCUCUGGGGGACCUUCCCCCACAGGGAGCCCACCCCAAGCCCUUCAGUCCUCUGCAGGCUUCCUGAAUGCCCUUCACCCCAUGACUUCAAACUACGAAGCUCCAUCUCCGCCCUCUUUCAACAAACCACACCAGAAUGCCUAUGCCAUGCCCACUGCCUACCAAAACCCCAUCAAAGGAUGCCCCAGCCAACAGAAGUAUGCCAACACAGCACCAGAGUAUGAUCCUCAUGUCUUACAGGGUAAUGGGAGUGGUAGCUAUGGGCCCCCCAAUAUGCAAGGCAGCCCAGUCUACGUGGGUGGCAAUUAUGUGGAUUCUAUGCCCAACUCUGCUUCAUCACUUUAUGGGCUGAACCCCCUCCAACAUCACCAGCCCCCCAGCAUGGAAUACAAUGGAGGCCCUCAGAUGGCCUCCAACCAGCACCAUGGGCCUUGUGAGGCUCACCCAACCUAUACGGACCUUUCUUCUCACCAUGCUUCUACUCAGGGUAGAAUCCAAGAGGCACCGAAGCUGACCCAUCUGUGAUGAAAAGUAGGGCAGACUCGGUGGGGAAUUAAUAAAGAAGGGAGGUGGAUGUGGGAUUGGUGAGUCAGGGGACAGACUGGUUAUGCAAAAAGAAAUGGACAAACAAACAUUUGUGUUGAAACCCUUUAGGGAAGUCAAACCUAUUGUUUCAGGGGCACAGUUUAUGCAUGCUGUGUCUUGCCAUUCCCGCCAAAUUUGACCCUAGGGUGAUAAAGAAUUUAGGAGGCUUAUGGCUAAGCCAUACUCUUUGGAGUAGAAGUAUUCCUGUACAUUCCCCUCUCAAAGAAAGGUGAAAGCACCUGACAGCCUAGUGCCCUUCAUAUGGUUAGAUUGAAAUGAACAAAUCCUAGAGAUCAGCCCCUGUUGAGCUCUAAAAGACCUGUUGUAAAUCCAGGCUAGGAAUGGUUAGAUUAAUGCAACCCCAAAGUGCAAAAAAAGGUCUAUAAAGACUAUAGGAAUCCAUUCCCUUUUCUUCAGUAUGAGAAGUUACUUUGAAAAAUGCAUCUUAAACACACACUGUCUUUUGUGUUCUAGUCCAGUUUAGGCAGAGGGGGAGGGGUCAGUGUAAACUUGCUCUUUCUUGGAUCCACAACUCUUGUUGGUUUUGUGAAUACACAUGUGGGAACCAUGUUUUUAACCAGUCAUGAUAACAUCAUGAAUGGAGCAGCACAUUUUCAUGAGAUACAGACUUUCCACAGGCAGGUAGAGCAUUUCUUCAAUCUAAAGAAAAGCUGAAGAACUGACUCAGCUCAGCUCACUAUAUAUACCAUAGGAAAUUAACUUCAGCCUAUUUUCUUUUCUUAAAAGUAUGCAAAUAUUUUGUUUAUAAUUAGAGAAGGGUAUAUAGGUGUUUGGAGACAAUCAACCAUGCAGGAACAUACAGGUACACACAUACACACUCAGAGGGAUUCAGUCAAAUUUAUUUUGAUAAGGGGAAAAGGAAGAUGUUACGAGUGAAUUUCAUCCCUUUAAAAAAAAAAUCAAGAAUCUGUUUCAGAUUUGUAUUUUACAUAUGUAUUUGCCCUGAGGUUUCGACACAAAUGUUUUGAAUGUAUAAAAAUGUCCUGAUUCUUCUGAAAUCAAUUGAAAUAGAUAAUUUCUGUUACAUUUUUUAAAAAAAAGUUCAUACAACAUGCACAAAAAGAUCUGGGUGUAGCUCUUAAAUGCACCUCAAUAUUUCUUAUAUCUAUGCCCUUCUCCCUUAGCUAAAUACUAAUCUAUCACAAUUCUUAAAGGUUUAUUUUACAAAGAAGAAAGAUAAUUCUAAGGUAUUGAAUGGAAAACUGUCUUUUUCCAUUCUUGGUGUAUCUCCAUUCAUGUAAGGGUGUUUUGUCCAGUUUUACCAACCCAAUCCUUACAAAUUAUUAUUCACUGCUAUAUUCCCUUCCCUCUUCUUUAAUUCUAUGAGAGGUUUUGUUUUUCAGAAAUGAGCAGUGGAGUGGUUUCUUUACCAAGUAAAUUUAAUAGCAAAAUUAAGAUUGCUUAUACAAAUAGAAAUCUAACAUCUGGAAGGAGAAAAAUAGAGACCCCCCCUUUGUUCUUCCAAUGAUUACCUACCCUUCUUUAUGAUUUUGGUUUUAAGGUUGGUUAAGGUCUGGGGUACUCUCUCACAUAUAUAAUAUGUCUUUGCAUUUGUCUGCAUAACUUCUGUUGAACGUGAAAACAGGGUAUAUUUGAUCAGAAACUUAUGUCCUCCAAAUGGGAGCAAAGUAAAAGAUCCUUUGGGGAGAGGAUUCCUUUACUGGUGCCUCUUCUUUGGCCUGACAUUCUUUCUUGCACUUAGAGUUUACAUUUUAAUGGCUAUAUAUACCAACGUUUGAAGGACACACAUUGGAAUACUAAUUUCAGUGGAGGUGUGCCAUGUUCCAGUAAACAUUCAUAUAUAUAAAUAUAUAAAUAUAUAUUAUAUUAUAUUAUAUUUAUUGGUUAUAGCCAGUUUUAAACUAUUUUUU